GUUGUGGCAGAUUUAGGCAACUCGUGGGCGUUUUGCGUGCGAUCAGCCGUACGGAUCACGUUUAAAAAGUGCUCUCAAACAGGAAAAAAAUGGGUGGUACGAGGUACUGUUGUGUUGUGGGGUGUAAAAAUUCCCAAUCUCGGAAUCGUGAAUUAACUUUUUAUUCGUUUCCGAAACGGAGUUGGGAAGUUGAAAAAAGAAAUAAGUGGAUAAAAGCUGUCAGAAGAAUUACAUUAGAUAACAAGACGUGGCACCCGAGUACGAACACUCGCAUCUGCAGUGCUCAUUUUGUUGGAGGCAAGCAAUCCAACGUCGAAAACAGCCCAGCGUAUGUGCCGACAAUUUUCCCCGCUGUGUACAAAAAAAGAGAGAAAUCACAACUGGACCUAGCUAGACACGAACGACUUCUGAAAAGAAAAGAAAGAAUGAGCACAUCAACAGCUGCAAAACCGCAAGAAAAGGAAAAUAUCGCAAGUGACAUUGAAAUGGGAUUAAAUGAAACUCCGACGGAAGCUGGCAGUACGUGCAUUGCUUGUCAAACUGAUGCGUGUGACAACGAAGGAGCCAGUGCAGAAGGGAAUACUUUCUGGAGUUGGAAUAAUGAUAAAAAUGAAGCUUCCACGCAGACGAAUAUUUACAUUGGGAAGCCAAAUAAAAACGAGCGAAUCAUAGUGAAAGAGCUGAAAACCGUUGCCGACAAGUCAUGUGGUCCUGACGAUAUUUUUCAUUACGGUUUCUCAGGAUUCUCUGAUAUUGGUUCAAACAAAACUAUGUUGCAGUUAGGCGGGGUUUCAUUAAUUUUUUUCAAUGUGUUGCUCAACUUGAUUAGUGUGAAAACAGAUGGCCAACCAGCUUACUACCGGGUAUUGAAUAAACAAAAUAGAUUAUUACUUUUUUUAAUGAAAAUGAAAUUGGGUAUUUCUUUUUCUGGUCUAGCUUGCUUUUUUAAGAUACACGAAUCAACUGCUUCUCAAAUCUUCUUCGAAAUCUUGACUACGUUGACUGAGAAGACAAAGACUUGGAUUUUUUGGCCAUCGAGAGAAAGCAUAAAAAAAAAUUUACCAAUCGGUUUCAAAAAAUAUCCGAAUUGCAGAUGCAUAAUCGAUUGCACGGAAAUAUUUACUGAAACUCCCCCUACUGUGGAACAACGCGUUCUCAUGUACUCCAACUACAAGUCACGUUUUACCGUCAAAUAUUUGAUCGCUAUUACGCCCGAUGGUUUCGUUUGUAAAUUAUCAAAAGGGUAUGGCGGAAGAGCUACAGAUAGUUUUAUAACGAAUGACUGUGGACUUUUAUCGUGCAUAGAACCGGGUGAUACGGUUUUAGCCGACAAAGGUUUCCCUCAGAUAAAAUCUGAACUGCUCAAACGCAAUGCCCUCUUGGUGAUACCUCCGUUUGCGUUCGAUCCACAGUUUACAAACUCCGAAAUAGAUGAAACGUACAAAAUCGCUUCAGUUAGAAUACAUGUAGAACGUGCUAUUCAAAGGAUAAAACUCUGCAAUAUUUUGAAAUUAAUUCCCAUUUCACUCUUACCGUAUCUUGAUGCGAUUAUGCACAUGUGCUGCGUUAUUGCCAAUAGCAAGCCACCACUUAUAAAAAAUCCUGAAGCGGCCAAUUCAGCAACACAAAUGAGUGCGUAGUUGGCUUUCAGGAAUUUUUGGAAGUUUUGAUUUAUAAAGAAGGAAAGAACUGCGUACGUGA